UUCCUGCCCAGGCACCAGCAGCUGAGCGAGAGAGUGCGGAAGCGGCUCUACUAUGGCUGGGGCAAAGAACAUAUUGCCGUGGAGUUGCUGCAGAAAGUGGCUCCCAGCCCUAUCCGCAGACUCCAGAAGAAAUACGUGUCUCAUGUAUCUCGGGAAGCUUGUAUCUCGCCCUGCUCCAUGAUGCUGGCACUGGUCUACAUUGAGAGACUCCGGCAUCGGAACCCUGAAUACCUCCAGCAGAUCUCAUCUUCAGACCUUUUCCUGAUCUCCAUGAUGGUUGCUAGUAAGUACCUGUAUGAUGAGGGGGAGGAGGAAGAGGUGUUCAACGAUGAGUGGGGAGCAGCAGGGAAAGUGGAUGUCCAGACCAUGAACACACUGGAAAUGAACUUCCUGAGCGCCAUUGACUGGAGUCUCUACACAGACCCCCGGGAGCUGUUUGAAGUGCUGAGCUGGCUGGAAGGACGUGUGGCAGAAAAGCAGGGCAUGUGGCGUGGCUGGUUCACCUACACGGAUCUGUGUGUCCUCAUGGAGCAGUCCACGUGGCAGCACGUGCUGGCUCAGUUCUACCAGCAAGUGGUGAAGCUGGCCUGCCUCCUGGGUGUGGUGUACCUGACCGGUUUUGCCGCUGUCUUUGUCUCUGUCACCGUGGGACACCGGUCUGUGUGCAUGAGGAGCGUCAGCCCUGAAGCCCCCCGGCCUGCACUGUUCCCCGAGGAGGGCAGCUGCCAGCUGGAUGCCCAGCCAGCCCCAGCCCCUGACCAGCACCAGCCUGAGCUGCCCAACGUCUCCCCAGCCAGCAGCACCUGUUGCCUGGGGGACAAUAAGACGACCGAGGAGCCACAUCGCAGAGGUGUCACGGCAACUGCGCUCUACCUGUGGGGCAGCGUGAUGACGGCUCUGUCCUACCCAAAGGUAGGACAGAUCUCUGAUCCAGCCCAACACAAGAGCCCCCCGCAAGGCCCCUUCCGGAGAGUACCCACCACCUGUGAGAGAUUGAACCGUACUGCCCCUGCCGCAGCCCCUGGCCAGCCUGGCCCCUUCGGACUCGCCAUGCUCCCGUCUCCUCCGGUGCUUCUCCACUGCCAUGCCUGCUCAGCUGGUGCAGACCCCACAUGGGAUGCAGCCCCCAACCGCAAGGACUGGCUGGACCCCCUGGGGCUGAGACAGUGCUCCUGGCAUGCUGCCAUGGAUCUCGGCAGAAUCAAGAGCUUCAUUUUUCCCAGCUAG